AUGUCUCGUGCUGCAGUGUGGGCUAAGACCAUUGCCGGUGGCCUUCUCAUAGUUGUCGGUGGACCCGCUCUCGUUGAAUAUAUCCGACCUUCCGACGAAGAGCUCAGGAAGCGAUACAACCCAGAUCUGCAGAAGCGCAGCGCUGAGCAGGGGGACCGCCGGGCGCAGGAGUUCGAUGACUAUGUCACUAAGCUGAAGGAGUGGUCGAAGUCCGACAAGUCCAUCUGGUACGCUGCACAGGAAGAAUUGGACAAUAAGCGAGCUGCUAUAGAAGCACAGCGUGUGCAGGAGAAGCAACAAACUCGGACACAGCAGGAAGAGAUGCGCAAGGAGAUGCUGGGUGAAAAAUGA